AUGUUGCUCGAUUUCUUCCAUCUGGGCGCUCUGGACAAGGUUAAUGGCGGAUGGUCUUCCAUCAUAGGCAUCGUAACCGCAAUCGUGGGCAAUAUCCUCAUCUCCUUCGCCUUAAACACCCAGCGAUAUGCCCACAUCCGUCUCAAUCGUCAGUACCGCCAGGAAGAGGAAGAAAAGAGGAGGAACAAGCGCAGUCGCAAUCGUGACUCCCAACAGGAGCGGAUAGCUGAGGAAAGAGAAACGGAUAACCUCAAUGGCAGCGGCAGUCAUGCUGAGCCUUCAGAGUCGGAUCCGCUGCUUCCUUCGUCAGCCUCGACGUCUUCCGAGUCCACAAUCCGCCCAGGUAAGCGCUCGUCUGCCUCAGGGCCAAAGUCUUAUCUCAAAUCUCCUAUCUGGUGGCUUGGAAUCGCCCUCAUGACACUCGGCGAGGCUGGAAACUUCCUCGCCUACGGCUUCGCUCCUGCUUCGGUCGUGUCGCCUCUAGGUGUCGUGGCUCUGGUCUCAAACUGCUUGAUUGCGCCUUUGUUGCUGCACGAGCAGUUCAGAAUAAGAGAUGGGUUUGGCGUUAUAGUUGCCAUCGGUGGCUGUGUUACAGUGGUUCUCAGCGCCAGCGGCAACAACCCAAAGCUGGGCCCCGACAAGAUCUGGGAACUGAUCUCGACUUGGGAGUUCAAGACCUAUUUUGGAAUUACGGUCUUCUUGAUGCUGGUCUUGAUGUCUGUGAGCUCUAGGUAUGGACACAAGUCUGUUCUCAUUGACCUCGGUCUUGUUGGCUUGUUCGGUGGUUAUACGGCCCUAUCGACCAAGGGUGUCGCAUCGUUGCUCUCGAACACCAUUUGGCGUGCCAUCACCUUUCCUAUCACAUACCUCUUGGUCGCAGUCCUGGUGUCUACCGCCGUCUUGCAGAUCAAGUAUCUCAACCGCGCUCUGCAGCACUUCGACUCAACACAGGUCAUUCCCGUGCAGUUCGUGCUCUUUACACUGUCGGUCAUCAUUGGAAGUGCCAUCCUCUACCGCGACUUCGAACGAACGACGACCGACGAUGCCGUCAAGUUCUUCGCAGGAUGUGCCCUGACUUUCUCAGGAGUCUGGCUGAUCACAUCGGGACGUGGAAAG